GGGAGAGGAAGGAAUGAAAAUUACCAGAAAUAUGGGGGACUUGAGGCAUUCACUAAAAGAUGAAAUGACCUGUUCUUCUCACUAGAACAAAAUAUGCCUAAUAAAAGCCCCUACAAAAGCGCUUCUGUGUUUGGUUCCGAUUAUCAAACAGUUGGUGGGCACAGACACCUCUCUGUUCCUUCCUCUUUUUCCACUCAAUCUCCUCCCUCUCUCUCUAUUCCCUCUCCUCUGCAACACCUCUCUCUCUUUCUCUCUCUCAUGGGAGAUCCUCCACGUGCACCGGCGCAGAAUUUCUACAGCAUCCUCGGAAUCCCAAAAACUGCAACCCUUACAGAUAUAUGCAAAGCUUACAAAUCCCUUGUCAUGAAAUGGAAUCCCGAUAAGAAUCCGAACAACAAAUCUGAUGCCGAAGUCAAGAUCAAAUCUAUCAAUGAAGCCUAUAGGGUUCUUAGUACGAAGAAGAGAGAAGAAUAUUUUAACAUCGACGACCAAAAAUCGCCGGAAAAUUCGUUUCAUAACCGGAAAGAUGACGAGGUCUUCCCUUCCAGCCCGUCUCUUCUAUCUCGGAAUGCUAGCCGGAGGAGCCACACACCAACGCCGAGUCCAAGAAACUUACCGAAAAGUGCGAGCCGGAGAAGCACAACUCCACCGCCGAGUUUAUCGAGAAGCUCAAGUCGGAGUAGUACUUCGAGCACCCGAGAACAACCAGAUUCUCUAUCGAAAAUUACGAGUCGCCGGAGCACCACGCCGAUCAUUUUUUCGCAGUCGACCGCUCGGAGAAAACCUCAGCCCAUUGAGAAAAUGCUGGAGUGCACGCUUGAGGAGUUGUGCAAUGGUUGCGUGAAAAAGAUCAAAAUUACAAGAGAGGUCAUCUCAAACACCGGGCUAAUUAUACAAGAACAGGAGAUACUGAAGAUAAGAGUGAAGCCAGGAUGGCAAAAAGGAACAAAAAUCACAUUUGAAGGCAAGGGAGACCAGAAACCAGGCACCCUCCCAGCUGAUAUAAUCUUUCAAAUCGACGAAAAGAGACACCCUAUUUAUAACAGAGAUGGUGAUGAUUUGGAGCUUGUAGUUGAAAUUCCUCUGCUUCAAGCUCUCACAGGUUGCACAAUAACUGUCCCUCUGCUGGGAGGGGAGAAGAUGACUCUCUCAAUAAUGGAGGACAUCAUAUAUCCUGGCUAUGAAAAGAUCAUUCCUGGCCAAGGGAUAACUAAAUCCAAGGAAGAAGGCAGGAGGGGUGACCUUCGACUCAAAUUUCUCGUCGAGUUUCCCACAGAAUUGAGCNAGGAGGGGAGAAGAUGA